UCAUUUGCUGUCGGUAAAACCUAUCAUUUAUCUGUCGUGUCUUCCUCCUCUCACUAGAGACUACGCGCCUGCGUCUAUCUCGUUUUGGAUACAGCAGCUUCAUGCGAAUUGACAGUUGAGAGCUUUAUCUUGUAUACCUAGUGACCAGCAACGCGUGAGGAGUCAGCAAAAAUGACGGCAAGUGAGUACCCGACAGCGAUCGGGAACAGAUGAUUGUCGGCUGUCCGAGAGUAUUAUUAUGAGUAUUGUCCACGUCGACAUGGACGAAAGUCUGGAGCGUUGCGUGAAAUCCCUCGAAGAGAAUACGGAAGAUGUGCGCGACGAAGCUCGACGAGCGCUGCUGAGUAUCUGCCGAAAUGUUUUGAGGUCGCCGGACAAUUACAGGUCCCGCGAACUGCGUCUUGACGACGAGGUCGUUGUCGAAAAGCUUCUGCCGGCUAUCGGCGCUCUGGAAUGUCUGUUCGACGUCGGCUACGUUGAGGAUGGAGAACGCAUAUUCUUACCACGAAAUGCGUCCCUUUUGAAGCUCCAGAGCCUGUCGAGGUUAUUGUGUACUGCGAAAGAAAGCAGUCCUAUUAUCGAUGACAUUGACAAGAGCUCUACAGUGCAGAAGACAUUCUUCAACAGAAUCGUCGGACAUUUUCAUGAUGUUCUAUACUAUGAAGAUCCAAAUUUACAAGAAAAGGCCAAAAGAAUUGUACCUGUUGUACAAUUAGAAAUUGCGACAAUGACGAAAAUAAGGGAUCUACAAAAAUCUUUUAAAUUAGAGAAUGCUGAAGCUACCUCUUCACAAUUCGAGGCAGAAUUAAUAGCUAAAGAUUUAUUUCUGAUUGAACUUCUACGCUGGUUUAAGUAUGAAUUUUUUGAAUGGAUCAACAAUCCAAAGUGUACGACGUGCUCCACUGAAUGCACAUACGAAAAUGUGAUACAGUCUACAAAUUAUCCUAAUUGCUCAAGAAUAGAGUUGUACAGAUGCCAAAAAUGCAAUAUAGUUGUCGAAUUUCCUCGUUACACGCAUCCAGAACCACUGCUGACCCUGAGACGCGGUCGCUGCGGCGAAUGGGCUAAUGUCUUUACCCUUUUAUGCCGAUCGUUAGGCUACGAUGCGCGAUUUAUAUGCGACGAAACAGAUCACGUCUGGACAGAGAUAUGGUCGGCGUCGAACAAGAGAUGGAUUCAUGUAGAUCCGUGUGAAAAUACCAUAGACAAGCCAUUAAUGUAUGAAAAGGGAUGGCACAAGAAGUUGACAUAUAUAAUAGCCUAUUCCAGGGACGAGGUGCAGGAUGUCACGUGGCGUUACACACGAGACCAAGAAACCGUCAUGAAGAGGCGAAGAAUUUGUACCGAACAGAGCUUAAUACAUCUACUACAAAUGUUGACUCAUCAGCGGCAAAACUCUGUCGGUUACAGUAACACGCGUAGAGAGUACGUCGUCAAGCGGAAAUUAUUAGAGCUCGUCGAUAUGUUGUACAUUCCAAAUUUGCAGAAGAACUCUGACGAAGAAGUUUACGAAGGGCGAACUUCGGGUUCUCUUAUAUGGAGAUUGGCACGAGGUGAAAUUACGCAGACCGACACGGAGAAGAGUUAUAUUUGGGACAUUUCGAAAUACGGAGAAACGUUCGAACUGCGGUACAACAUCAUUAAAGACCUAUAUUACGUUAUGCGUAAAAAUGGUACUAUUUUGAAAGAGAAAUCUGGAUGGCUAGAAGGGAUGAACGCCAUGGAAGGUGGAGUCUUCCGUAAAGUGGAGAACGAUUGGAAGAUGGUUUAUUUGGCGCGGUCUCAGCAAGCGAAACGUGGCAGUGUUAAAUGGACUUUUGAAAUCCCGAAUUCCAAAUUGUGUUUAGAGACAUUGACUCUGAAAGCUAAGUCGGAUGUGUUUCAAAAUGCCAUAGUAUCUUGGAAAAUCGAAGCCAUUUUCGACGAUAACAAAGCAGUUACGAUAUCUGUUCCCAACUGCAAUAACUUUCACACGGAAGAAGUGAGAAAGGCGGUGAGAAUAAACAUAGUCGUAAUGUUGUCCGGUGGACAAGGUCAGCAUGCUUGGCAGCACGCUCAACUCUUUCGACAGAGUCUGGAUAAUAUCGAGGAGCCGUCUAUGAUAAUUAGUAUUCAAUUGAAAGAUUGUUCCGUAUGAUUCUAAGCCUAUACGCGCCCGUUGAUCUCGUUCAACUUUCGUAGA